UAAAAAACACUUUAAUUGAAAUCUUACACAGUGAUGGGAAAAACAUGUGUUACAUAAAUCUAUAAGAAUGACUCUUUAUGUUAGUUUCAUGAUGUCUGGGAGUCUAAAGUUGAGUUUACCUUGAGAAAUAAAAAUAGUGGUCGAUUGCUACAAAUGAUGAAUAAUUUAACAAUCGAUCUUGUAGGGAGUAAUUUGCAAAAGAGUAAAACUUGAAGGGGGUAGUUGCAACAAACUCUUACUUUAAUAGCGGCUAUAUAUUGUUGAGAAGAAACAUGUUCGUCGAUCAUCAUUCUUAAAUUGUUUAUUUAUUUUUAUAUAUGUGUACGUACGCGCAAUUAUAGCAUAUCUUGAUCGAAAACCCUUAUUAUGGAACUCGAACUGGGUCUUGCUCUUUCAGUUUCCCCCCAUUUUCCUACAAAAGUUGCGAGCGAUAUCGGUCGUGAUCGUGAUAAUAAUGUCAAAAGUGUUUCUGGCCGGAAUAUGGAAUUCGAGAACCUCAUGAUGAUCGGGAAAAAGAGAAGAUGCAGCAAUGAAUUCGAAGAUGGUGGUGAUCAAGAUCAAAAGACGCUUUCUUUGCUGGUCUGGAACGGACGUCGACCGGACCACGGCGACGAGGGUGAUGGUGAUGAUGAAGAAGAAGAAAGGAGGAAAACCCUUUACAUUGCUUCCGAGCAAGAGGAGGAAGACGAUGAGAUUGUGGGGUGGCCACCUAUAAGAUCGUGGAGGAAGAAUUUGAUUAAUGGCGGCGGCCAUUUCUACAUGAGAAGAAAUAAUAAUAAUAUUGGUGGUGAACAAGUUCAUCAAGGGGCUCCUAACAGUAACAGUCAUCUUAGAGGAAACAUAUCCAGGAACUCAAUAUUUGUGAAGGUGAAGAUGGAAGGAGUGGUGAUUGGAAGAAAGAUUGAUUUAAUGCAAUUCAACUCUUACCAAUCCCUUACCAACAGUUUGCUCAACAUGUUUGCCAAAUGUAAGAUCUUGGAUCCAGUUACACUAUAAGUCAUCUCUUCUCUUCCAUAUGUUUAUAUACCUGAUCAAUUUUUUCAAUAAUUAGUUUAAUUAAAACUGGUUUUAAACUAUUUCUCCUUGAUUUUUGUUGGUGCAUUUAUAGACAACAAGGAUGACAAUGCUGAUGGAUCUAAUUACGUUCUUUCCUACCUUGACAAACAAGGAAACUGGCUCCUAGUCGGCGACGUUCCCUGGAAGUACGCAUCCUCUUAUUUAAUUUACCAUCUUAUUAUGUGACAAUUAUACCGCAACCGGCAUGUAUAGUCAAAUAUUUUGACCCUCCUAAUUGAAAUUUUGUUUCAUUAAGAGAGUGAAAAUAAUCGUACAUUUUUUUUCUGUCCAAAAAACUAAUUACAAUUGUGACUUUUUUGGGACGGAAAAAUUAAUAAUUGUGUUUCCAUAUGAUUUGUAAAUUAAUAAUUGAUCAAUGGGUCUUAUUUCGUACAUGCAGCACUUUUAUUGAGUCUGUGCAACGGAUGGAGAUACUAAAAAGCGGCAGUUAAGCGGUGUUAAUAUGAGCUUCGGAUGGAAAAGAGAAGCGGCAAAAACAAAAGACAGAAAAGAUUCAGAUGAAUUACGUACAAUAGCAGUUUGUAGAUUUUGAAAUAUUGUUAAUGUUUACUUAAAUCAUGUUUUUUCUCUUGUUGCGACCUUAUUCUCCAACAAAUGUGGAGUUACGAGGUACGGCCAAUGUGCAGCUUGGAAUGAAAAAGUCAUAUGAUUAUUUAGGAUUGGGUUGACUGGUCAAUUUCACAAGUUCAUUUUGAAAUCAAAAGGUCAAAUACGUGUUUAUACAUAUGGUUAAAAGUAUAUUGAUUGUGUGUGGAAACUAAAUAUUUACUAUUAAUAAAUGUUGUAUAAUAUAUCCGUCGUUUUUUUCCUCUCGUUAGUACAAAUUAAUUUUGAGUUAGAUAUUCGAAUUAUGUGACGCUAAUGAAUGUACUAGUGUUGUCACUAUUGGUGGCUAGAUUUCAAUUGAAUUUUCAGUGACUCGUUGUAACUCUAACUCCAACUUUUCACUAAAAAGAUAACAAGAAGGACACUCAAAUGUAAUGCCAAUAAUUAUGCGGC